GGCCAGAUAUAAGGCCAAGCAUGCCAGUCUAAUCAUCGUCUUCAACAUCACUUGUCAACACUUUUACAGCGUGAUUCCAUUCCAUUCUUCCUCCUUUAAAUCCCCUGAAUCACUUGCACCUGAAUCUCCUUCAAAUUCAAUCCACUACUCUAUGCAAGCAACAAUGCAGACACGAACAGUUCAAGUGGAUCAACUCUCAGAUCUAGCUACCGAGCGAGAAAUUCAUGAGUUUUUCUCCUUCUCCGGUGACAUUGACAGCAUCCAGAUCUGUCGUGAAUCUGGAAGAAAGAAGACUGCGUUUGUGACGUUUAGAGAUCCGAAAGCUCUUGAAAUUGCGUUGUUGUUAUCGGGAGCAACCUUGGUGGAUCAGGUCGUUAAAAUUACUCCUGUUGAAAAUUAUGUGCCAAAACCUGACGUCCAGGAGGUUCGUGUGGUUGAUAAUGCCGUGAACAUGUCUCGACAAAAUUCUUUUUCAAAUGCUGAGGCCAACGCUACAUCUCCUAGCAGAAGAGUGUAUGCAAGUAAAGCACAAGAUGUCGUUUCAAGUGUAUUGGCUAAAGGUUCAGCUAUUGGUCAAGAUGCCAUAAAUAAAGCUAAAGCAUUUGACGAAAAACAUCAACUAAGAGCCAACGCAUCUGCCAAAGUAAUUUCGUUAGAUAAAAAAGUAGGACUUACAGACAAAUUUAGCGUUGGGAUCUCGGCGGUGAAUCAGAAAGUUAAGUCCGUGGAUCAAAGGCUUCAAGUUUCCGACAAAACGAUGGCGGCAUUAGUGGCAGCAGAGCGGAAAUUAAACGACACAGGAUCAGCUGUCAAAUCAAGCAGAUAUGUGACAGCUGGAGCAGCUUGGCUAAACGGAGCUUUUGGUAAAGUGGCGAAAGCUGGGCAAGCGGCAGGUACAAAAACUCGACACAAAUGGAAUUUGGCAGUGUCAAAUUUAACCACAAAGGAUUCUAGCAUUGCAGCAUGAGCCAGCCCGGGGACUGGAGUUUAUAGCUAUCGAAAUCUGAUGAUCAAAUUGUGAGAUACCUCAAUGUUCUUCUGUUGGUUUUAUGGUCAGUUUUGUGAUUCAUUUAUUAGUUUAUCAUCAGUGUAUUUCUUCUCCUGUAAGUGUGUAAAACCAUCAAGGAAAAUUAAACAUUGUUUGAGCUCAAAAUUAUUGCAAACCACAUCUAUAGAGUGAAGAGAAUGUACACUUUAUAAAUAA